AUGGAAGGAUUAGGUGAUGAUCAUCUUCAACAUAACCGUCGCUCCAACUUUCCAUUCCAAUUGCUCGAAAAGAAGGAAGACGAAACCGGCUGUUCCACCAGUUCCGCCUACUCUUCCUUAGCCAUUUCUACGGAUGCUUCGAACCUUAGCAUCAUCACUCGACCAACUGCUGCCUCCUCCAGCUUAGACACCGCGGAGCCAUCCAAGAAGCCACCGGCCAAGCGGACGUCGACAAAAGAUCGCCACACAAAAGUCGAUGGACGUGGGCGGCGCAUCCGCAUGCCCGCUCUUUGCGCGGCUAGGGUUUUCCAGCUUACACGCGAGUUAGGUCACAAGACUGAUGGGGAAACCAUAGAAUGGCUGCUCCAACAAGCCGAGCCGGCAGUUAUUGCAUCCACAGGCACAGGUACAAUCCCCGCGAAUUUCACUUCGCUCAAUAUAAGCUUACGUAGCUCGGGUUCUAGUAUGUCAGUACCAUCUCAAUUAAGAUCUACCUAUUUCAAUCCGAAUUUCUCGAUGCAACAACGCCGUGGUCUUUUUCCGAGCUUAUUAUCGGAGAAUUCCUCGACAACUUUGUUGAAUUUUCAGGCCGGAAAUUUAAACCCUAGUUUGAUGCAAGCUAAGCAAGAAAUAAACCAACAUUCAUUAGACUUAACGGAGGCUGAGGAUAGUUUAGGGCGGAAGCGGAGGGCGGAGCAAGAGAUGCAGCCCCCGCAUCACAACCAAAUGGGAACUUAUUUACUGCAGUCAACCACCGGGUCGAUGCCGGCGAGUCAUGCCUCAGUUCCGACCAAUUUUUGGAUGAUUCCAAAUUCCAGUAACCAAGGUAUGGGAGGUGAUCCAAUAUAUAAUAAUGCUGCAGCUUUAUAUAGGGGUACUAUGUCUAGUGGGUUGCAUUUCAUGAAUUUUCCGACUGCGGUGGCGCUAUUGCCUAAUCAACAGUUGAGCACCGGCGGAUUAGGGGAGGGGCCAUUGGGGUUAACGGGGCUAAACCCAUAUCGGUCUGGUGGCGAAGUAUCGGAAUCUCAGGUGAGUGGUUCCCACGGAGGAGGCGAUGAUCGGCACGAGACUACGAUCCACCAUUCUUGA